GCUGGUGAACAUCAGCCACGACGGACCCAAGUGGAUGGUACUGGAUGGAGAUAUUGAUCCAAUGUGGAUUGAAUCACUUAAUACUGUGAUGGAUGAUAAUAAGGUGCUGACCCUGGCAAGCAAUGAGAGGAUCCCCCUGAAGCCAAGCAUGCGACUGCUCUUCGAGGUCAGCCACCUGCGCGCAGCCACCCCUGCCACUGUGUCCAGGGCAGGGAUCCUGUACAUCAACCCCUUGGACCUGGGCUGGAGCGCCCCUGUCAGCAGCUGGAUCGACACGAGAGAGAUCCAGGCUGAACGAGCCAACCUGAGCAUCCUCUUUGACAAGUACCUGCCCAGCUGCCUGGACACCCUCAGGACAAGGUUUAAGAGGAUCGUUCCCAUUCCUGAGCAGAGCCUGGUCCAGCUGCUGUGCUGCCUGCUGGAGUGCCUGCUGACAGAGCAGAACACUCCUCCUGACUGUCCCAAGGAGCUCUAUGAGCUUUACUUUGUCUUUGCUGCUGUCUGGGCCUUCGGUGGGUCUUUGUUUCAAGACCAGCUUGUGGACCACAGGGUAGAGUUCAGCAAGUGGUGGGUGGCAGAAUUCAAGACCAUCAAGUUUCCCUCCCAGGGCACAGUCUUUGACUUUUACAUCGAUCCAGAGACAAAGAAGUUUGAGCCUUGGUCUAAACUUAUCCCCCACUUUGAACUGGAUCCAGAAAUGCCAUUACAGGCCUGCCUGGUGCCCACCGCCGAGACGGUGCGGCUGCGGUACCUGGUGGACAGGCUGCUGGCGCGGCGGUGCCCGCUGCUGCUGGUGGGCAGCGCUGGCACCGGCAAGUCCGCGCUGCUGGCGGACAAGCUCCGCGCGCUGGACGCCGAGGCGUACGUGCUGAGCAAGGUCCCUUUCAACUACUACACCACCUCUGCCAUGCUGCAAGGUGCCCUUGAGAAGCCCCUGGAGAAGAAGGCUGGCAGAAGCUACGGCCCAGUGGGCACCAAGCAGCUGGUGUACUUCAUUGAUGACCUCAACAUGCCACAGGUGGAUGCCUAUGGCACAGUGCAGCCCCACACACUGAUCAGGCAGCAUCUGGACUAUGGCCACUGGUACGACAGGACCAAGCUGUCUCUGAAGGAGAUCACAAACGUGCAGUAUGUGGCCUGCAUGAACCCAACCGCAGGGAGCUUCACCAUCAACCCUCGCCUGCAGCGCCACUUCUGUACCUUUGCUGUCUCCAUGCCUGGGCAGGAGGCCCUGUCCAGGAUCUAUAGCACCAUCCUCACACAGCACCUGGCCAGUGGGCACUUCCCAGGGCCUGUGCAGAAGUCAGCUCAGCAGCUAAUUGCCCUGGCCCUGGCCCUGCACCAGAAGGUAGCUGCCACUUUCCUGCCUACAGCCAUCAAGUUCCACUACUUGUUCAACCUGAGAGACUUCUCCAACAUCUUCCAGGGGCUCCUGUUCUCUACCCCUGAAUGUCUGCAGCAGCCCCAAGACCUGGUGAAGCUCUACCUGCAUGAGUCCAGCAGGGUGUACAGGGACAGGAUGGUCGAAGAGAAGGAUUAUGAGACCUUUGACAAAAUCCAGAUGGAGCUGGUGAAGAAGUUCUAUGAUGACAUGGAGGACACUUUAGAGCAGAGCAAGAGGCUGAACAUUUAUUGCCACUUUGCUAAGGGCGUGGGUGAGCCCAGCUACAGGGCAGUGCCAGCCUGGCAGGACUUGAACCAGAUCCUUGUGGAAGCCUUGGAGAGCUACAAUGAAGUCAAUGCUGCCAUGAACCUGGUGCUGUUUGAGGAUGCCAUGUGCCAUGUCUGCCGCAUCAGCCGCAUCCUGCAGUGCCCCCGUGGAAACGCGCUCCUGGUCGGCGUGGGUGGAAGUGGCAAGCAGAGCCUGACCAGACUGGCAGCCUUCAUUAGCUCCCUGGAGGUGUUCCAGAUCACUCUGAGCAAGGGCUAUGGCAUCCCUGACUUGAAGGCAGACCUGGCAAGGCAGUACCUGAAGGCUGGAGUGAAGAACAUUGGCACCGUGGUGCUGCUGAGCGACGCACAGCUGCCUGAGGAGCAGUUCCUGGUGCUGCUGAACGACUUCUUGGCAUCAGGAGAAAUCCCUGACCUCUUCCCUGAGGAGGAAGUUGAAAACAUCAGCAGCAGCCUGAGAGGUGAGGUCAGGGCCCGGGGGCUGGUGGACUCCAGGGACACCUGCUGGAAGUUCUUCAUCGAGCGAGUUCGGCGGCAGCUGAAGGUGGCUCUGUGCUUCUCCCCGGUUGGCAGCAAGCUGCGCGUCCGCAGCAGGAGGUUCCCUGCCAUCAUCAGCUGCGUGGCCAUGGACUGGUUCCAGGACUGGCCGCGGGAGGCCCUCGAGUCCGUCAGCCUCCGCUUCCUGCAGGAGACAGAGGCCAUGGAGGACUCGGUGAAGGACUCCAUAAGCAGAUUCAUGGCUCAUGCCCACACAAGCGUCAAGGAGGCCUCGCGGCUCUACCUGAUCCGGGAGCGGCGCUACAACUACACCACCCCCAAGUCCUUCCUGGAGCAGAUCAAACUCUACCAGACCCUGCUGAGGAAAAAGGGCAAGGACUUGAAAGCAAAACUGGAGAGGCUGGAGAAUGGGCUGGAGAAGCUGAAGAGCACUUCUGCUCAGGUGGAUGAGCUGAAGGCCAAGCUGGCAGUGCAGGAAGUGGAGCUGAAGCAGAAGAACGAUGAUGCUGACAAACUGAUCCAGGUGGUGGGAGUGGAGACAGAGAAGGUGAGCAAGGAGAAGGCAGUGGCCGAUGAGGAGGAGCAGAAGGUGGCACUCAUCACCAAGGAGGUGGAGCAGAAACAGAAGGACUGUGAGGAAGACCUGGCCAAAGCUGAGCCUGCCCUGGUAGCUGCCCAGGAGGCACUGAACACCCUCAACAAGAAGAACCUGACGGAGCUGAGGUCCUUCGGGUCGCCCCCUCCAGCCGUCAGCAAGGUCCUGGCAGCGGUGCUGGUGCUGCUGGCGCCCGGCGGCAGGAUCCCCAAGGACAGGAGCUGGAAGGCGGCCAAGGGAGCCAUGGCCAGGGCCGACAGCUUCCUGGACACGCUGGUCAGGUUCGACAAGGAGAACAUCCCCGAGAGCUGCCUGAAGGCCCUUCAGCCCUACUUGCAAGACCCCGAGUUCCAGCCCGAGCUGGUGGGCAGCAAGUCGUUGGCGGCGGCAGGGCUGUGCCGCUGGGUGCUCAACGUUGUGCGCUUCCACCAGCUCCACUGCCAGGUGCAGCCCAAGCGCCAGGCCCUCAGCGCCGCCAACGCCGAGCUGGCAGCCGCCCAGGACAAGCUGGCCAGCGUCAAGGCCAAAAUCGCCCGCCUCAACGAGAACCUAAGGAAGCUCACAGCCAGGUUCGAGAAGGCCACAACAGACAAACUCCAGUGCCAGCAGGAAGCUGAGGCCACAGCCUGUACCAUCGCCCUCGCCAACCGCCUGGUUGGUGGCCUUGCCUCAGAGAACGUCAGAUGGGCUGAAGCUGUGAAGGACUUCAGACAGCAGCAGAGCACCUUGUGUGGAGAUGUCCUGCUGGUCACAGCCUUCGUCUCCUACCUGGGCUACUUCAGCAAGCAGUACCGGCAGGAGCUGCUGGAGGGCAGCUGGAAGCCCUAUCUGCAGCAGCUCCAGGUGCCCAUCCCCAUAACUCCAUCCCUGGACCCUCUGAGCAUGCUGGCAGAUGAUGCUGAGAUGGCAGCCUGGCAGAACGAGGGGCUGCCUGCCGACCGCAUGUCCACUGAGAACGCUGCCAUCCUCAGCAGCUGCCAGCGCUGGGCGCUCAUGGUGGACCCACAGCUGCAGGGCAGCAGCUGGAUCAAAGCCAAGCAUGGAGAGCAGCUCAGAGUGAUCCGGAUUGGACAGAAGGGGUACCUGGAGACACUGGAAGCAGCCCUGGCUGCAGGGGAGCUGGUGCUGGCUGAGAACCUGGAGGAGUCCCUGGAUCCAGUCCUGGGACCAUUACUGGGGAGAGAAACAAUCAAGAAAGGAAGGUACAUCAGGAUUGGGGACAAGGAGUGUGCCUUCAGCCCCUCGUUCCGGCUCAUCCUGCACACCAAGCUGGCCAACCCCCACUUCCCCCCCGAGCUGCAGGCCCAGUGCACCCUCAUCAACUUCAGCGUGACGCGCGACGGGCUGGAGGAGCAGCUGCUGGCUGCUGUCGUCAGCAUGGAGAGACCUGACCUGGAGCAGCUGAAGUCAGAUCUCACCAAGCAGCAGAACAGCUUCAAAAUCACCCUGAAGACCCUCGAGGACAACUUACUGUCCAGGCUGUCCUCAGCAUCAGGGAACUUCCUGGGAGACACUACCCUGGUGGAGAACCUGGAGAUCACCAAGCAGACAGCUGCAGAAAUUGAAGAGAAGGUGCAGCAGUCUAAGGUGACAGAAGCCAGGAUUAACGAGGCCAGGGAGCACUACAGGCCUGCUGCUGCCAGGGCCUCUCUGCUCUACUUCACCAUGAGUGACCUCCAGGCCAUCCACCCCAUGUACCAGUUCUCUCUGAAGGCGUUCAGCACCGUGUUCCAGAAGGCCAUGGGCAGGGCAGCGGCGGAGGAGAGCCUGGCGGGGCGGCUGCGGAGCCUGCUGGACAGCAUCACCUUCAGCCUGUUCCAGUACACCAGCCGCGGGCUGUUCCAGCGCGACAGGCUGACCUACACCGCUCAGCUCACCUUCCAGAUACUUCUGAUGAGUAAAGAGAUCAACCCUGUGGAGCUGGACUUCCUCCUGAGGUACCCAGCAGAGACUGGAGUCACAAGCCCUGUGGAGUUCCUGUCUAAUCACUCCUGGGGAGGAAUCAAGGCUCUGUCGUCCAUGGAGGAGUUCAGAAACCUGGAUCGGGACAUAGAGGGCUCUGCAAAACGCUGGAAGAAAUUUGUUGAGUCUGAGUGUCCUGAAAAGGAGAAGUUCCCUCAGGAGUGGAAGAAUAAAUCAUCUCUGCAGCACCUCUGCAUGCUGCGAGCCCUGCGGCCGGACCGCAUGAGCUACGCUGUCAGGGAUUUUGUAGAAGAGAAGCUUGGCAGCAAAUACGUGGUGGGGAGAUCCCUGGACUUCGCCACAACCUUUGAGGAAUCAGGACCUGCAACCCCCAUGUUCUUCAUCCUGUCCCCAGGAGUUGACCCACUGAAGGAUGUGGAGAAGCAUGGAAGGAAGCUUGGGUACACCUUCAACAACAACAACCUCCACAAUGUUUCCCUUGGGCAAGGCCAAGAGGUAGUUGCUGAACGAGCUCUGGAGCUGGCUGUCAAGGAGGGUCACUGGGUCAUCCUGCAGAACAUCCACCUGGUGGCCAAGUGGCUGAGCUCCCUGGAGAAGCAGCUGGAGCGGCAUGCCGAGGGCAGCCACCCGCAGUUCCGCCUCUUCAUGAGCGCCCAGCCGGCCCCCGACAGCCGCAGCAUCCCGCAGGGCAUCCUGGAGAACUCCAUCAAGAUCACCAACGAGGCCCCCACCGGCAUGCAGGCCAACCUGCACGCAGCCCUGGACAGCUUCAGCCAGGACACCCUGGAGCUGUGCAGCCGGGAGAACGAGUUCAAGAGCAUCCUCUUUGCCCUCUGCUAUUUCCACGCCGUGGUGGCUGAGAGGCGCAAGUUCGGCCCCCAGGGCUGGAACCGCUCCUACCCCUUCAGCGCUGGGGACCUCACCAUCUGUGCCAGCGUGCUCUACAACUACCUGGAGGCCAGCUCCAAGGUCCCCUACGAUGAUUUACGCUACCUCUUUGGUGAGAUCAUGUAUGGAGGCCACAUCACAGAUGACUGGGACAGGAGGCUUUGCAAAACCUACUUGGAAGAGUUUAUUAAGCCAGAAAUGCUGGAGGGAGAACUCCUCCUGGCUCCAGGAUUCCCCCUCCCGGGGAACAUGGACUACGAUGGCUACCAUCAGUACAUAGAUGAUGCCCUGCCUCCAGAGUCUCCUUACCUCUAUGGCCUCCAUCCCAACGCUGAGAUUGGCUUCCUCACCCACACCUCCGAGAAGCUCUUCCGCGUGGUGCUGGAGCUGCAGCCCCGGGACAGCAGCGCCGGGGAAGGAGGAGUGGUGACCAGGGAGGACACGGUGAAAGCUCUCUUGGAAGAGAUGUUAGAGAAACUGGUGGAUGAGUUUAACAUUGCAGAGCUGCUGGCAAAGGUGGAGGAGAGGACACCCUUCGUCGUGGUUGCCCUGCAGGAGUGCGAGCGCAUGAACAUCCUCACCAGUGAGAUCAGGCACUCGCUGCAGGAGCUGGACCUGGGGCUGAAGGGAGAGCUGACCAUGACCAGUGACAUGGAGAGCCUGCAGAAUGCCCUCUUCUUGGACGUGGUGCCCGAGGCCUGGGUGAGGAAGGCUUACCCCUCCACUGCCAGCCUGGGCACCUGGUUUGCUGACCUCCUCACACGCAUCAAGGAGCUGGAGGCCUGGACGGGAGACUUCUCCUUGCCCUCUGCAGUGUGGCUUGCUGGGUUCUUCAACCCCCAGUCCUUCCUGACAGCCAUCAUGCAGGCCACGGCCCGCAAGAACCAGUGGCCCUUGGACAAGAUGACCUUGCAGUGUGAGGUGACCAAGAAGAGCAGAGAAGAUGUGGCCAGUCCCCCUCGGGAAGGGGCCUACGUCCAUGGGCUCUUCAUGGAGGGUGCGCGCUGGGACGCACAGGCUGGGCUGAUCACGGAGGCCAGGUUGAAGGAGCUGACCCCAGCCAUGCCUCUCAUCUUCCUCAGAGCCACUCCUGCUGGCAAAGCAGAAACUUGCAGCCUCUACUCGUGCCCCCUGUACAGGACACGCCAGAGGGGACCGACCUACGUUUGGACCUUUGACCUUAAGACUAAAGAGCAUCCUGCCAAGUGGGUGCUCGCUGGUGUGGCAUUGCUGCUGCAGGUCUAGGCUGAGAGCAGCUCAGGGGCAGAUCCCAAGCCACCAGCUUAGAGUGGUUUAGCUCCAACGAGAACAUCUCAGUUUUAAAACUAAUCCCCAGAGAUGGAGCCCAAGCUCCACAGCCUGGGCAGGGCCUACAAAGUGCUGCUGGAGGUGCAGAGGGGCACAGGGAGCAGAUCAUUGGCUGCUGCGGGCCAGUGUCCUGUGGCUCCUACACUGCAGCACUGCAAGGUCCCAAACCUCAGCCAGGUCUUCCACACCCAGAGCUCCAAUCUGAAAACAGUCACUAAGCAAUAACACCCAGAGCCAGAAGCCAGGCUCCAGCCCUCUGAGUGCUGAGCCUGUGUGAUCCCAACCCACAGCCACAGCAGGCAGUGGUGUGCUCAGAGCUGGUUUUGGUGCUGGUUUCCCUUUUGUGAUCCAAAGUAGUUCUAAAGCAAAUGACCUUCUCCAAAAUCCUUCAGGAGUCCACUGACCUCUUCAGAUCCCAUUCUUUUCCAUCCAGGAGUGCUUCUUUGUCAUGCAUGUCGUGCUGGCAGGUGGGAGGGCAGCAGAUGUGGAGGCAUAGCCUUUCUUGCUGAUAGUUACAUUUUAAAGGCACUGAAGCCCUGCUUAGCAUCCAAUGCCCUUAAUGGGAGCUGCAGCACUGAGAGUGAGAAGAAUAUUUCAUCAUGACAGAAAUGUACCAAUAAAAAUCAGUAUU